AUGCUAUUCCAGCUUCCUAUCGGCCGCGUGUAUCAUCUAUGUGGUCCAUCGCAUUCCUCAGACCUCGACGACACGACCCAACCCAUCGACUGGUCUCGUUUUGCAUACGUGCAAUAUGUUACCAACACGCCUUACUUGUGCAAUUCAGUCAUGCUUUUCGAGACCCUUCAUCGCCUGGGAAGCAAGCCCGACCGUUUGAUGAUGUACCCUGCCAGUUUCUCUGAAGACGCGCGAGACGAUUCGACCCAGAGCCGUCUGCUUCGCAAGGCGAGGGAUGAAUACGGGGUGACUUUGAUGCCCAUAGAAGUGCAAAGCCGGAACAGUGGUGAUCGCACCUGGGCUGAGAGCUAUACCAAACUUCUAGCUUUCAACCAGACACAGUACGACCGUGUUCUCUCCUUGGACUCAGACGCCACUAUCCUACAGACCAUGGACGAACUGUUCCUCGCUCCCCCGUCCCCUGUCGCCAUGCCCCGGGCUUACUGGCUUAAUUUCAACGACCACACCCUCAGCUCGCAGGUAGUACUUAUCCAACCGUCCGAUUUCGAGUUCACUCGCAUCAUGAAAGCCAUCGACGAGGCGGGAAAGAAUGACUAUGACAUGGAGAUCUUAAAUUCACUAUAUCGCGAUAGCGCUCUUAUCUUGCCCCAUCGGCCGUAUGGGCUCUUGACGGGUGAGUUCAGGUCAAAAAGACAUACGGAUUAUUUAGGGAAUCCGCUUGAGCCGUGGGAUCCGGUGAAGACGUUCCGAGAGGCCAAAUAUUUGCAUUUUUCGGACUGGCCGGUUCCAAAGCCCUGGAUUGCUGCCAGCCCGAACACCAUUCAAGAGAAACAACCUACCUGCGACAUGAACCCGCAGACCGGCGUGGAGGAUGAUUGUCGGGCUCGGGAUAUCUGGGUGGGAGUAUAUGCCGACUUUGCAGAGCGGCGGAAGGUUCGUCAAAUAGUCUGUUUGAUGCUUGUUAGCCAUCCGUAUGAAUUCGCUGACCGUAAGCACCUAGAAUAUAUGUGCCAUGGAAAUCAUGAGCAAAAGGAAUAG